AUGCCUCACAGUAGCGCCACGUCCCAUCUUGCUUAUUAUGGAUCACACGGUUCAUACCCCAUCAAGACAACAAUAUGGGAGGAGGAGGAUGAUUACAAGUGGGACGGAACGGUCUCGUCUCAUUCGGCUGAAUUCUGGAUCAUCGUGGAAGCCGGCGGACGCUACAGAGUACUCCAUAGAGUUCCAGCCCAAGAAACGACUGUCGGACAGUCGAACCGUCGAACAGUCGAACUGGGCACCGGUGUCACUGGUCGUCACCCCAAGGUCCUUGUUCCUGUCCACCCAAGUCUCUCAGGUCCUCUCUCUAUGAAGUACACACGAAAGUACGAACGUUUUAUUUCGUCCACAAGGUACCUACUUCGAACGAAAGAACUUCGUGGGCUGUUGCGCGACCCCCUGGACGGGGCCCACCCAUCAGCUUUCUCUCGCCUCGGGUACGAAGUAGUCUGUACCAAUCGUCCUAUCAUGGCCGUCAUCCUCGUUCGCCUGGACUUUGACCCCCCUGGCUGGCAUGUCGUCUGGGGGGUUCUGUUCGGGUUCUGGUUUACGCCGUCGAUCCCUCCUGCCCUGACCUUCUCUAAACCUUCACCUUUACGUGAAUCCAUCCUCCUCUCUUCGUUGCCCUCGCUUCAACUUCCUUCCUCAUUCUCCGACUGCCUCAUUCGUUUCGGCGUCCACGUCAACGUCAACUCGACGUCCAACCUCGAACAACGCUCUCGCUCGAACUCUUCUUACCAUACUCCAUACUCGGGACAUCACGGACGCCCAGCCCUCGAUAUGGCAAACUCACGCAUGUCCAUGUACUCGGUGGGCUCCGAGAUGCCUGCAGGGUCGUCCAGAGGCAUCGGCCAGCAACCCUCCCAGGUUUCAACCACCAGUCUCCUCAACUCGAUCCACAACAUCUAUCUCUCCUCCCAGCCGUACCCCCUCGAUGCUGGCACAAGUGUCGUCGUCAACACAUGGCUCACGGCCGCUCAGCCUGGCCAUGAUGGCAGGGCCGGCGGGACCGUGGAUUCUUCCUUGGGCGCCAAGGCAUGGGAACAUGCCCGUCGGCGUGCUGAGGACGGCUGCAUCAUAUUAGGUUCUCUCCAUGCAUCGACUCCCUCCGUACUCACUCCGUUCAUCGCGUCCUUGCCCUUUUCUGCGCCCUCCUCUCUCUACAACGCGUUAAGUGCCAUUCAGCCCUUCCUACGAUGCUCCACGCCAUAUAACCCGUCCACUCCUCGACAGGUCGCCCUGGGCGUGACUUUCACACUUAAUCUUGCCGGCAAUCUCAAGACAGCCUCGGUUUCCCUGGCCCAGGGCGGCAUCGACACUGCCAAGGGCCUGCUGAACAUCCCACCGGAAGCUGGAUAUAGGGCCUUCGAUGUAUUCUAUUAUCUGUUGACCUCGGCUUCGACCCCCGCCGAAAGGGAAUUCCUCGGCCUCAAGCCUGCUUCCAACUACACUCUCUUGGCACGGUCCGGCACGUACGACCCGCCCCCUUACCUCCCGACGGCCGACGACGCCGCUUCCGCCGAAGACUUCCGCACCGCUCUGAAGGAGAUCGGUAUCAAGGGCUCCGCCCAUCGGAAUCUCAUCUCUACCCUGGCCGGCCUGCUCAACCUCGGCAACGGCCUGGAUUACGGCGUCGACGAGGACGCAUUGGACGAGAUAUGCGAGGACGUCGGCGGGCUGCUGGGCAUGGAGCCCGAAGUCCUGAUCAAACAGUGCACCACCGAAGACCGCACCACCCUCGUCGGUGGUCUGUACGAGUCCCUCGUGGACUGGGUCCUUUCCAAGGCGAAUCAAGCCAUCGAGGCCCAGAUGCUUCGCAUUCGGAACGGGGAGGAGACCAUGGACGGCCGUCGUGGUGCGCAAACCCCCACCUCCGAUGCCGAGAGCGAGGACACCGUCUGCCUGACCGUCCUGGAGGUGCCUGACCCGGCCCUCGGCAAGGCAGCGGCCAUGCGCGGCGUGUUCGAUGACACCGCUGGCAUCAACGCCGAGAUGAUUGCGGAUGGCAUCGAGCUUCCCUCUCCCGGCACCUCCGUGGCCCGGGAGAUGGAGAACGCCGUGGCCGAGGUCGCUCCCCAUCUCGGCAUUGCCAACUCUCCCGCCAGCCGGGAAAAUCAAUACCAGCUCGAGAAGAGGGAGACCAUUCUCGAGAAAGUCGCCCACUCCUGCGAAGACGACGGCUUUGUCAAGCAGCUGCUCUUCCCCGUGCCAGGAGAGGGCAUCAAGCUGGGCAGCCACGGCCGUAUCGACCUGGCUAGCCUGCUCGUCUCCAGCCGCGUUUGGUACCAUCUGUCGCUCCACCCCACCGACGACUCUCCGCAGAGUCUGGCGGCCCUGCCGUCCGUUACUUCGGCGUGGUCGGCCGGCACCGUCUCCCGUCAGCUUCGCGCAUGGCGCCUUCCCGAAUGGGCCAACAGGCGCAACAAGAAUCUCGAUUUCACCGCCGACUUCGACGUCGAGGAAUUCGUCCAGCGUUAUUCGAUCCUCGGCUGCAAGGAUGGCCGGGACGGUAUCGAGAGCUGGAUCCUGGAGCGUGGCUGGAGCAACGGCGAGGUCAUCGUAGGCAGAGAGCGUGUGUGGAUGCGCGAAGCCGCUUGGUGGGAGGCCGAGAGCAUGCUCGACCUCAAGCCAAACGACGGCGGCUUCCCCGGCAUGGGCAUGGGUAUGGAGUCCGGCUACUCCGCCGCCGGCAGCUCUUACUUCCCACCCCAAGGUAUGGACGGCGGUCCCUUCAACGGUAGCAACGACCAGCUCGUCCAUCACCAGCGCAACCUUAGCCAGGGGAACAUGUCUCAGGCCACCUUCCACGUCAACCCCAACGCCAACGGCCUCUCGGCGCCGUCCAUUGCGCCGACGGCCAUGACCGGAAUGCGCAACACCGUCCGCGGCGACUAUGGACUCGGCAGAAAAGGGGACACCCGCAAGGACCAGGUGUACUACAAUGAGGACGGUGAAUUCGUCGGCCAGCUGGACCCCGAGUUGGCCCACAACAAAUCCAUCGAAGAGCACGAGAUGACCCGUGCCCGAAGGAUCUGGGUGGUGAUCGUCUGGGCGCUCACUUUCUGGAUCCCGUCCCCGCUCCUCCGGUACGUCGGACGUAUGAAGCGGCCGGACGUGCGCAUGGCCUGGCGCGAGAAGCUCGUUCUCUGCUUCUUCAUCGUGCUCCUGAACGGUAUCAUCGUCUUCUGGAUCAUCGGACUCGGACGCGUUCUCUGCCCCAACUUUGACAAGGCCUACAGCCAGCGCGAGGUGGCCACCCACACCGGCACCAACGAUUUCUGGGUCAGCAUUCACGGCAAGGUGUACGACAUCACCCGUUUCUACAGGCUCCAGCAUUCCGAUAUCGACAUUCCAACCACCACGGACAACAUGAUGCCGUUUGCCGGCAUGAACCUAGACGACUACUUCGUCGCGCCCCUGCCGUUGACGUGUCCCGGCCUCGGCAUCCCCGAGACCACCCGUCUGAUGCAGAACAAUACGCCCGAGUAUCCCACCGGCGUCCAUACCUCGGGCUUUUAUCAGGCCAAUCCCACGAGCCAGCUGUACCGGGACGACUGGUAUACCCGUCGCUUCCGGCCCCGGAUCAAGGAGUACUUCAAGGGCGACCUGGUCUGGUCGCGCAAUGAGGUGCGGCGCGAAGGCCAGAAUAACCGCAUGUGGGUGCUCUACCACGGUUCCAUCUACGACCUGACCGACUACUUUUACACUCUGAGGCUCCUGCGGAACGAGAGGUCGAUGCAGUUCCUCGACACGAAGCUCACCUCCAUCGUCCGGAACAACCCGGGAUCCGACGUUACGCAGCUCUGGGACGAUGUCAUCGCGAGCAGUGCGCGCAACGCCACCGAGAACAGGUCGGUCCUGAACAGCCUCAACUGCAUCCAGAACACGUUCUACAAGGGCGUCACCGACUUCCGGGAUUCGCCCAGGUGCACGGUGAACAAUUACAUCCUGCUGGCCUUCGCCAUCAUCCUCGUCAUCGUGAUCCUGGCCAAGUUCCUGGCCGCGCUGCAGUUCGGCUCCAAGAGGCGACCCGCCCCCCAGGACAAGUUUGUCAUCUGUCAAGUGCCCGCCUACACCGAAGGCGAGGACUCGCUGAGGAAAGCCCUCGACUCGCUCACGGCCCUCCAGUACGAUAACAAGCGGAAACUCAUCUGCGUGAUCUGCGACGGUAUCAUCGUCGGCCAGGGCAACGAUCGGCCCACCCCCAAGAUCGUCCUGGACAUCCUGGGCGUCGAUCCCAAGGUCGACCCCCCCGCCCUGCCGUUCAAGUCGGUCGGCACGGGUAGCGAGCAGCUCAACUACGGCAAGGUCUAUUCGGGCCUCUACGAGUUCGAGGGCAAUAUCGUGCCUUAUGUCGUGGUGGUCAAGGUCGGCAAGGAGUCGGAACAGAGCAAGACGAAACCCGGCAACCGAGGAAAGCGGGACUCUCAGAUUCUGCUCAUGAGCUUCCUCAACCGCGUUCACCACCGAGCUCCUAUGAACCCGCUGGAACUGGAAAUGUUCCACCAGAUUAAUAACAUUAUCGGCGUGGAUCCCGAGCUGUACGAGUACCUGCUCAUGGUGGACGCCGACACGUGCGUUAGGGAAGAUUCGCUGAACCGACUGGUCGCCGCUUGUGCCAACGACGGCAAGAUCGCCGGUAUCUGCGGCGAGACUGGCCUGCAAAACGACGAGAAGACGUGGUGGACUAUGAUCCAAGUCUACGAAUACUUCAUCUCCCACCAUCUGGCCAAGGCGUUCGAGUCCCUGUUCGGCAGCGUUACCUGUCUUCCAGGAUGUUUCACAAUGUAUCGCCUCCGAUCUGCCGACAAGCAGAAGCCUCUCAUCAUCUCAGACGACGUGAUCCGGGAGUAUUCCGUCUGCGACGUCGACACGUUGCACAAGAAGAACCUCCUGUCUCUGGGUGAAGAUCGUUAUCUCACGACCCUGAUGACCAAACACUUCCCCUACAUGUCGUACAAGUUCAUUCCGGAUGCCUACUGCGAGACGGCGGCCCCCGAGUCAUGGAGCGUCUUGUUGUCCCAGCGUCGCCGAUGGAUCAACUCGACCAUUCACAACCUCUUCGAGCUGAUGCAGCUGAAGCAGAUGUGCGGUUUCUGCUGUUUCAGCAUGCGCUUCGUCGUGUUCAUCGACCUCUUCGGAACGAUCAUCCUCCCCGCUACCUGCGCCUAUAUCGGCUACCUGAUCUACCUCGUCGCCAGUCGCACCGGCCAGUUCCCCAUCAUCUCGAUUGCCAUGUUGGCCGCCGUGUACGGUCUCCAGGCGCUCAUCUUUAUCCUGAAGCGCCAGUGGCAGCACAUCGGAUGGAUGAUCAUCUACAUCAUUGCCUUCCCGAUUUACUCGUUCGUACUGCCGGUCUACUCGUUCUGGAACCAAGACAACUUCUCCUGGGGCAACACGCGUAUCGUCAUUGGUGAAAAGGGUAGGAAGCAGGUUGUCGCCGUCGACGACGAGGGCUUCGAUCCGCGCAGCAUCCCCCUGCAGCGCUGGGACGACUACGCCCUGGCCAACCACCUUCCGGGCCGUCGGGGCGGCGGCUUCCCCGAAAAGUACGACGGCGGCUUCGACGACCAAUACGAGAUGGAUGAGAUCAAGUCGGUCUAUUCUUCGGUCCGUCAGGGCUCCGUCGUCAUGGGCCUGCAUAACCGGCCUACCACGUACAUGCCGCCCCAUUCCCCGGCUCCCUUCCCCGGCGGCGGUAGCCCCGGCCACCUGACGCGGCAGUCGACCAUGACCAACGCGGGCCCGUUCGCGGACCCCCAGCACCUCAACCUCUCCCGCCGCCAGUCCAUGCUGUCCGUGGGCCUGAACCGCCCCGGCGACCUGCAGCGCACGCAGUCCCCCUUCGCCGACGUCCCGUCGCCCCAGCUCGGCGGCGCGUCCAGCUUCCACCGCGCCAGCAUGGGCAACCUCCGCGGCCAAGCCAGUAGUAAUCCGUCGUCGUCCUUCCUGGGUGGCGCGAGCCGCUCUUCCACGGCGCUGGGUCUCGGCUACGCCGCCGGCGGCAGCGGCAACGCUAGCCGGGCGUCCGUGCUGGGCGCCGAGGCGUCGAGCGGCUCGUUCGAUUUCCAGCGGGGUGCGGGCGCCGGGCCGGACGACGGGGUCAUCGCGGAGGCGAUCCAGAGCGUCCUGCGGGAGGUGGACCUGGAUACCGUGACCAAGAAGCAGGUGCGGGCGCUCGUUGAGCAGAGGUUGCAGACGGAGCUGGUGGGCGAGAGGCGGACGUUUAUGGACCGCCAGAUUGACAAUGAGCUGGCCAACAUGUAGAAUGAGAUUUGGCAACAAAAGUCGAUACAACAGAGGACAUCUGUUUUUCUUGUUUUUUAUUUUAUUUUAUUUUAUUUUUUGGGGGGGGGUGUUUUGGUUUAUUUACUUUCCCUUGGCAUGAGGAAUAUACACAUACAUAAUUUCCGGUUGAUUAUGUUCUUUCCCAUCAUAUUCCAUCUCAUGAACAAGGAUUUGUGCGCGAAAGAUGAGGGAUAGUUUGACUUGUCCAGAAUAGGGGUUUCGUUCUCUCUCACCACUAACCCGCCGUCGUCACACCGGAAGGCUUCGGGGAUAUCUAGCAGCGUCGUGAUAUCUAUAUUAUAU